AUGCUGCUGGCCGCCCUCUCCCGCCUCCUGCCCGGCUCCGCCGCCCGCCAGCCGGCAGCUGUUAGUGAGGCUGCCCGUGUGGUUGUUGCAUCUCGUAACUACGCUGAUUUUGCAAACGAGGCUUCAUUUGACAUUAAGAAAUGUGAUCUCCAUCACUUGGAGGAGGGUCCUCCCACUACAACAGUUAUGACUCGAGAGCAAAGUCUGCAGUACUACAGGACUAUGCAGACUAUUCGGCGUAUGGAACUGAAGGCAGACCAGUUGUAUAAACAGAAGAUUAUUCGUGGCUUCUGCCACUUGUAUGAUGGUCAGGAAGCAUGUUGUGUUGGACUUGAGGCUGCCAUAAAUAAAACGGAUCAUUUGAUCACCGCCUACCGGGUUCAUGCCUUCACGUUAACGCGUGGUGUUCCAGUUCGUGAAAUCCUUGCUGAGCUCACAGGUCGUAAAGGUGGAUGUGCUAGAGGUAAAGGAGGAUCUAUGCACAUGUAUACGAAAAACUUCUAUGGUGGAAAUGGAAUUGUUGGUGCCCAGGUUCCCUUAGGAGCUGGUAUUGCCUUGGCAUGCAAGUAUUUUGGCAAAGAUGAAAUCUGUGUUACUUUAUAUGGAGAUGGUGCUGCCAAUCAGGGUCAGAUAUUUGAAACAUUUAACAUGGCAGCCUUGUGGAAGCUGCCGUGCAUUUUUAUCUGCGAGAACAACAGAUAUGGAAUGGGUACGUCGGUAGAAAGAGCUGCAGCCAGUACAGACUACUAUAAAAGGGGAGACUACAUUCCAGGGCUCAGAGUUGAUGGUAUGGAUGUUCUCGCUGUAAGGGAAGCAUCGAAAUUUGCUGCUGACCAUUGCAGAUCAGGAAAAGGUCCCAUUGUGAUGGAGCUACAGACGUAUCGUUAUCAUGGACAUAGCAUGAGCGAUCCUGGCAUCAGCUACCGUACAAGAGAAGAAAUUCAAGAAGUGCGAAGCAAAAGCGAUCCCAUUACUCUCCUGAAGGACAGAAUGGUGAACAACAACUUAGCUAAUGUGGAAGAGUUAAAGGAAAUUGAUGUGGAAAUAAGGAAACACAUUGAAGAUGCAGCACAGUUUGCCACAACUGAUCCAGAACCACCUCUUGAAGAACUUGGCAAUUGCAUUUAUAGAAAUGAGCCACCCUUUGAGGUGCGUGGCCCAAAUCAGUGGAUCCGGUAUAAAUCUGUUGGCUGAUAUGAAAGUUAUAACUUCAGCAAUAAAUUAAAGGAUGGCUGUUGUACUGAGACUUAAUUUUUGCAUCUUUUCUGUGGAAUAGGAACCAAAUUAUUGCUCAUCUACUUAUGCAAAGAGGAUUUGGCAGCAAAAUAAACAUU